AAAGUUUACUGUGAGAUUUUUGUGUCGCACACACAACAUAACAAUAAAAGCAUAGUCCAACACGCAGUGUACUGUUGGAAAACGGUUUAAGAUUGAGGUGAAGCUAAGCAUUUGAGGUUAUGUUGACAAGUGUGUUGUAGCUUGUGAGCUUUCGUUUACCAAUUAAUUCUUAUUUUAUUUCGUUAAAUAUUCAAUGUGGAUGAAAUUAGAGUGUUUCACUGACAUACUUACUGAAAUUAACUAUGAAUGUAACUUUAGCUUACUUAAUUUGUGUUUAGUGAAAUUAUUAUACCUGACUCGAAUGUUAUUGUGAACGGUUAAAUUUGGCGUAAUAGUGAAGUGAUUCAUUCAAAAUUUUUCCCUCAAAAAAAGUUUUGGGUGUGCCUACUAUGGCAAGCCGGGUGGCGGGCGCGUGCUGCGCCGCGUCUGUUGAGCGGGCCGGCUUGCCCGGGUUACUACGUGAUUUGCAAAGAUUAUCCGAAGACCAUGACUCGGCCGAUAUUGUUUUUAUAUUGGGCACAGCAGAGGAAAAAAUCUACGCACAUAAAAUAAUUAUGGUUGCCAGGUGCAAGAGUUUUCAAAACACAAAACGUGGGGAAGUUUGCCGCAUUCCCGGGUGUACAGUUACGCCAUCUGUUGGAGUACAACCUACACCAAUACGUAUGCCACACGUCCAGCCAGAGACAUUUCGAUUAUUUAUACAGUACGUUUAUACCGGAAAGUUACUGCUACAAGACUCAGGAGUAUUUGAGAUGAUGACAUUAGCGGCUGAUUUAGGAGUUGAAGAUUUGCGUGCUGCUUGUGAAGACCAUGUUACUUCAACAUUGAGCGUAGAAAGCGCGUGUACCUUACUAGCCGCUGCUAUGGAAAUUCAAGAUCGUCCAGGUGGCAAAAGCGCGUCAUCAUUCAUGGAGAGAUGUAUCGCCUUCAUCGGGGACAACGCUGCUGACUGCGUUAAAACGAACGCCUUCCUGAACCUGCCCAAGGAGGCGCUCAUUAAACUUAUAUCAUCAGAUUUUCUGUGCCUGGAGGAGGAGGAGGUGUGGCGCUGCACGCUGGCGUGGGCCAAGCAGCGCGCGGGCGUGACGCAGCCCACGGCGCACUGGGCCGAGGAGGAGCGCGCGCGCGUGCUGCAGCACCUGGCGCCGCUCAUGGCGCACGUGCGCCUGCUGCUCAUCGAUAGUGCAGUGUUCGCGGAGGAGGUGGAGCCGACAGGCGCGGUGCCGAUGGAGCUGUCGCUGGAGCGCUACCGCCGCGCCGCGCUGCUGGCCGCGCCGCGCCCCGCGCCCGACCGCCGCGACCGACCGCGAUUGGCGGUGAACAUGUUUUCUGGAAGUCUGAUUUUGCAACAAGACAAAAGCGCAUUUCAAGCUGUCAUUAACAACUGGUGCGGCGGGCCGCCGCCGGCGUGGCGGCUGCUGUUCCGGGCGUCGUCGCACGGCUACUCGGCGCAGGCCUUCCACGCGCACUGCGACGGACACGCGCCCGUGCUGCUGCUCGCCCAGCUGGCGCGUGGCGAGGUGAUCGGCGGGUUCAGCGAGGUGGCGUGGGCGGCGGGCGGCGCCGGCGGCUACGUGCCCGCCGAGCGCGCCUUCCUGUUCGCGCUGCCCGCGCCGACCGCGCCGACCGCGCCGACUACGCCGACUACGCCGACCGCCGCCGCCGCCGCGCCGCAGCGGUUCCCGCUCGUCAAGAAGGCGUUCGCGCUCUGCUACCAUCCAGAUUGUGGUCCGAUCUUCGGCGCGGGCGCAGACCUGCUGAUAGCGAGCAACUGCAACACGAACACCGAGAGCUACAGCAACCUGCACUCGUACGGCGACCCGGCGUUGCCCGCGCCCGCCGCCUCCCCCACGCUCGUCGCCGACUACAACUUCACCGUCAGGGACUACGAGAUAUUUACAUACAAACACAAUUAAUUAUAUAUAUAUAUAUAUAUAUAUAUAUAUAUAUAUAUAUAUAUAUAUAUAUAUAUAUAUAUAUAUAUAUGUGUGUGUGUGUGUGUGUGUGUGUGUGUGUAUACAGUAUCAUUAUUAUGGGAGAAAAUUAUAAAAAAAAAUGCACCAACGUAAAUGGCUGGGCAUAAGUUCAAACAAUACAAUAUUCUAAAACUGUUCUAAUUAAAAACUCUUUAAGCAUAACCUGAAAUUAAAAUCAAUAAAGUCAUAAUUAGAUUUUUCUGUAUUAAAAAGAUCGCAAUUUGAAAAUAAUUUGCAAAGAAUAAACCAUUUUUAGUAACAGUUUUUUUUUUAAUUU